UGGGCCAGGUGCCCUUCCUGGAACCGCAGGCAGGGUGGACAGGGCGAGGUGCCACCUUAGUCUGGCUGGGGAGGCAGACGAUGAGGAGCGAUGGGGCAGGCAUGUGGCCACUCCAUCCUCUGCAGGAGCCAGCAGUACCCGGCAGCGCGACCGGCUGAGCCGCGCGGCCAGCAGGUCUUCCUCAAGCCGGACGAGCCGCCGCCGCCGCCGCAGCCAUGCGCCGACAGCCUGCAGGAUGCUUUGCUGAGCCUGGGCUCUGUCAUCGACAUCGUGGGCUUGCAACGGGCUGUCAAGGAGGCCCUCUCUGCCGUGCUCCCCAGAGUGGAGACUGUCUACACCUACCUGCUGGAUGCGGAGUCCCGGCUGGUGUGUGAGGAACCCCCCCACGAGCUGCCCCAGGAGGGGAAAGUCCGAGAGGCUGUGAUCUCCCGGAAGCGGCUGGGCUGCAAUGGACUGGGCCCCUCGGACCUGCCGGGGAAACCCUUGGCCAGGCUGGCGGCUCCACUGGCCCCUGACACCCAAGUGCUGGUCAUACCGCUGGUGGACAAGGAGGCCGGGGCUGUGGCAGCCGUCAUCUUGGUGCACUGUGGCCAGCUGAGUGACAGUGAGGAGUGGAGCCUGCAAGCUGUGGAGAAGCAUACCCUGGUGGCCCUGCGAAGGGUGCAGGCCCUGCAGCAGCGCAGGCCCGGCGCGGCCCCCGAAGCGGUCCAGAACUCCCCGGCGGGGGCGGCGGGAGACCAGAAGGCCGGGGUUGUGUACAGCGACCAGGACCGAAAGAUCCUGCAACUCUGCGGGGAACUCUACGACCUGGAUGCCUCUUCCCUGCAGCUCAAAGUCCUCCAAUACCUGCAGCAGGAGACCCAGGCGUCCUGCUGCUGCCUCCUGCUGGUGUCCGAGGACAAUCUCCAGCUUUCCUGUAAGGUCAUGGGAGAUAAAGUGCUGGAGGAAGAGAUCCGCUUUCCGUUGACGACGGGACGCCUGGGCCAGGUGGUGGAAGACAAGAAGUCUAUCCAGCUGAAAGAUCUCACCUCUGAGGAUGUGCAACAGCUGCAAAGCAUGUUGGGCUGUGAGUUGCAGGCCAUGCUCUGUGUCCCUGUCAUCAGCCGGGCCACUGACCAGGUGGUGGCCUUGGCCUGCGCCUUCAACAAGCUCGGAGAAGACUUGUUCACAGACCAGGAUGAGCACGUGAUUCAGCACUGCUUCCACUACACCAGCACCGUGCUCACCAGCACCCUGGCCUUCCAGAAGGAGCAGAAGCUCAAGUGUGAGUGCCAGGCUCUUCUCCAAGUGGCAAAGAACCUCUUCACGCACCUGGAUGAUGUCUCUGUCCUGCUCCAGGAGAUCAUCACAGAGGCCAGGAACCUCAGCAAUGCUGAGAUCUGCUCCGUGUUCCUGCUGGAUCAGAAUGAACUGGUGGCCAAGGUGUUCGACGGGGGCGUGGUGGAGGACGAGAGCUAUGAGAUCCGCAUCCCAGCCGACCAGGGCAUCGCGGGCCACGUGGCGACCACGGGCCAGAUCCUGAACAUCCCGGACGCGUACGCGCACCCGCUGUUCUACCGUGGCGUGGACGACAGCACAGGCUUCCGCACGCGCAACAUUCUCUGCUUCCCCAUCAAGAACGAGAACCAGGAGGUCAUCGGUGUGGCCGAGCUGGUGAACAAGAUCAACGGACCAUGGUUCAGCAAGUUUGACGAGGACCUGGCGACGGCCUUCUCCAUCUACUGCGGCAUCAGCAUCGCCCACUCCCUCCUAUACAAGAAAGUGAAUGAGGCCCAGUAUCGCAGCCACCUAGCCAACGAGAUGAUGAUGUACCACAUGAAGGUCUCUGAUGAUGAAUACACCAAACUUCUCCAUGACGGGAUCCAGCCUGUGGCUGCCAUUGACUCCAACUUUUCCAGUUUCACCUACACCCCUCGCUCUCUGCCCGAGGAUGACACCUCCAUGGCCAUCCUGAGCAUGCUGCAGGACAUGAAUUUCAUCAACAACUACAAAAUUGACUGCCCGACACUGGCCCGGUUCUGUUUGAUGGUGAAGAAGGGCUACCGGGACCCCCCCUACCACAACUGGAUGCACGCCUUUUCUGUCUCCCACUUCUGCUACCUGCUCUACAAGAACCUGGAGCUCACCAACUACCUCGAGGACAUGGAGAUCUUUGCCUUGUUUAUUUCCUGCAUGUGUCACGACCUGGACCACAGAGGCACAAACAACUCCUUCCAGGUGGCCUCGAAAUCUGUGCUGGCCGCACUCUACAGCUCCGAGGGCUCUGUCAUGGAGAGGCACCACUUCGCUCAGGCCAUCGCCAUCCUCAACACCCACGGUUGCAACAUCUUCGACCACUUCUCCCGGAAGGACUAUCAGCGCAUGCUGGACCUGAUGCGGGACAUCAUCUUGGCCACGGACCUGGCCCACCACCUCCGUAUCUUCAAGGACCUCCAGAAGAUGGCUGAAGUGGGCUAUGACCGAACCAACAAGCAGCACCACAGCCUCCUCCUCUGCCUCCUUAUGACCUCCUGUGACCUCUCUGACCAGACGAAGGGCUGGAAGACCACGAGGAAGAUCGCAGAGCUGAUCUACAAAGAGUUCUUCUCCCAGGGAGACUUGGAGAAGGCCAUGGGCAACAGGCCGAUGGAGAUGAUGGACCGUGAGAAGGCCUACAUCCCCGAGCUGCAGAUCAGCUUCAUGGAGCACAUCGCGAUGCCCAUCUACAAGCUGCUGCAGGACCUGUUCCCCAAGGCCGCAGAGCUGUAUGAACGCGUGGCCUCCAACCGUGAGCACUGGACCAAGGUGUCCCACAAGUUCACCAUCCGCGGCCUCCCCAGCAACAACUCGCUGGACUUCCUGGACGAGGAGUAUGAGGUGCCUCAGCUGGACGGCACCAGGGGCCCCGUCAAUGGCUGCUGCAGCCUUGAUGCUGAGUGAGCCCCUCUUGGACCCAUCCCCGCCCAGGCCUCCUCCCACAGCCCUCCACUGGUCUGCCUGGAUGCACUGGGACCAGAGCCACAGGUCCUGGGAUCUAGACCAGGACGUCUGGUGUGACCCUGGGCAAGGACCGACCUUCCCGGGCCUCAGCUUUCUCGUCUGUGUAAUGGGAGCAAGACUUCAGCCUCACCGAGACUUUGUGAUUUGUCCUCUGAGAGCACAGGGGUGACCAACGAGCAGGGGGACCUGCUCUGCGCCUCUGACCACACCUUGGCCAGUCCUCGCCGAGCCACUCCUUCUCGGAGGCAACCUGGAUGGUUUCCCCUGGGCCCAUUCCUGCCCCACCGGAUCUGUGCCCUUUCCCCUCUUCAGGAUCCUCAUGAGGGGAGAAGGUGGGUCAUCUGAGAGCAGAGGAUGGCCUCAGAAACAGUCGUCAGCUCUGCUGGAGGACUGGAAAUAACCCCAGGGCCUCAGGUGCCCCUGACGAUAGCCACUACACUUAUGGUGGGGAUGGGGACCUGGGGAGAUGCAGGGGCCCCACGAGGAAGCUGCUGGAGGGGCAUAUCUGGGGAGAGGGGCUCAGGAGGAAAGCAGGAUGGGAAUCAUGAGCGGGAAGGACCCUGGGCUGGGAGACAGGCCCCGGUGGGUCAGCAGGGCUUCGCCCCUGGCUGUGUGACCCUGGGCACGUCCCUCCCCCUGUGUGGGCGAAACAGGAGAGUGAGACAAUCCGUUCUCUAAGACCCCUUUUAGAUCAAAGUCCCCACAGCUCUGUGGAGUCCCAGGAGAGGCCGGGGAAUGUGCCUGCUGCCCUAGGGCGGAGAGCCCAUCCUGAGUCCCUCACUGGUCCCGGAGAGCACCCCCUUAGCCCAAGGCCCUACCCCGAUCCCUGCAGCCAGAGAAGGACCUGGCCUCAGCCCUGGCAGGGCGUCUCACCUCUUCAAGGCCAUAUCCACCCGUGACCCGGGGCUUGGGUGACCCCAUAGGGCCAGGCCACUUGGGUCAGCCUGGCUGCUGGCUUCUCCCGUCUCUGUUUUGUUCUGUACGUGGUGUGGGUGGG